GGGGAGGGCUGGUGGCUGGGCGGACGCGCGCCGAGGCCAUGCCGCGCUCCUUCCUGGUGGACUCUCUGGUGCUGCGCGAAGCAGGCGAGAAGAAGGCGCCCGAGGGCAGUCCGCCGCCGCUCUUUCCCUACGCGGUUCCCCCGCCGCACGCGCUGCACGGUCUCUCUCCUGGCGCUUGCCACGCGCGCAAGGCCGGGCUUCUGUGCGUAUGCCCGCUCUGCGUCACCGCCUCACAGCUGCACGGGCCCCCCGGGCCGCCCGCGCUGCCGCUGCUCAAAGCAUCCUUCCCGCCCUUCGGCUCUCAGUACUGCCACGCGCCCCUUGGCCGCCAGCACUCGGCCGUGUCGCCCGGGGUCGCUCACAGUCCGGCCGCCGCUGCAGCAGCGGCCGCGCUCUACCAGACUUCCUACCCGCUGCCGGAUCCCCGGCAGUUCCACUGCAUCUCCGUGGACAGCAGCUCGAACCAGCUGCCCAGCAGCAAGAGGAUGCGGACCGCGUUCACCAGUACGCAGCUGCUGGAGCUGGAGCGCGAAUUCGCCUCCAAUAUGUACCUGUCCCGCCUUCGCCGCAUCGAGAUCGCAACCUACCUGAAUCUGUCCGAGAAGCAGGUGAAGAUCUGGUUUCAGAACCGCCGGGUGAAGCACAAGAAGGAGGGCAAGGGCAGCAACCACCGCGGCAGCGCGGGCGGUGCGGCUGCGGGUGCCGGCGGGGGCGCACCGCAAGGCUGCAAGUGCGCGUCGCUCUCCUCAGCCAAGUGCUCAGAGGAUGACGACGAAUUGCCCAUGUCUCCGUCCUCCUCCGGGAAGGACGACCGGGAUCUUACGGUCACUCCGUAGGC